CUCACUGUUGGAUCCCUGCCACCUGUUGCAGGGAUUCAGCACGCACCGGCUGAGUGAUUAUGAAAGGAGUUCCCCCUCUUAUUCCUCUGUUGCUGGGCCCCUGCCCCCACAAGCCAGGAUGUUAGGCCCCAGAGCACUGUGGGUGAGGACACACUGCCCCUCCUCUGUCCACCCCAAACUGGUGUUGCCUCGCUGCUUCCUCUUGGCCAGCCUCUCUCCCACCAAUAUAAGCCCCAGCUGGUGGCUGGAGGGCAGUCAUGCACUUGAUGGCGGGCCCUGCAGGGGGCUGGCGUCUGGGGCUCUGGGGCCUCAGCUGCACCUCUCAAGGCCCGAAUGUGAUUCUCCUAACGGCGCUGAUCAUGAUGAGCUUGAUGUGUGGUGAGUGUGUUGCUGCCAACCAGGACUUGAAGCUCCCCAAGUACCUGCGCUGCUAUCGCUGCCUCUUGGAAACCAAAGAGUUGGGGUGUCUUCUGGGAUCUGACAUCUGCCUCGCCGCGGUUGGCAGCAGCUGCGUCACUCUCCACAUAAGGAACAGCAGCGGUUCCGACGUGAUGGUGAGUGACUGCCGGAGCAAGGAGCAGCUGAGUGACUGUACACACACCCGCCCUUCUUCCGUUUUUGGCUUCUGGAUAUAUGCUCAAUGCUGCUUCCUGAAUUUCUGCAAUAACCCCCAAAACAGAGCAAAAAUUUUACUCCAAGGAUCCUAA